AUGUCUCAACACUUUUAUCACCAGAACCACACAAGAGUCAUUUCUAGCUCACUGUUAGAGAAUGUGUCACUGCUGUUCUGUGAGACGUUAUGGAAAUUUCAGAGGAAAGAUACUCAGUGUCAGGCAUUUGUGAAGAGAGUUAUAAUGAGUCAUCUCUUUAAGAUAAUUAUGAUUAGCACCGUCUCAACGAAUGCCUUUUUUAUGGUCUUGUGGACUGAUUAUAAAACAAGAUACAACUUGUUCAGACUUUUUGAGGUCUCAGAGCUCAUCUUUGUGUCCAUCUAUAGCUCCGAGUUCUGCAUGAAGCUCUACGUGGACCCCAUCAACUACUGGAAGGAUGGCUACAACCUGCUAGAUGUGAUCAUUAUCAUCAUCAUCUUCAUCCCCUACAGUCUCCGCAAGAUCAAGGGCAAGCACUACCCCUACCUCAACAUCGCCGAUGGCGUACAGUCCCUACGCAUUCUCAAGCUUAUCACCUAUAGCCGCGGCAUCCGGACGCUCAUCACUGCUGUUGGGCAGACAGCCUACACCGUGGCCUCUGUGCUCAUCCUGCUCUUCGUCCUGAUGUACAUCUUCGCUGUCCUGGGCUUCUGCCUAUUUGGAGUUCCAGAGAGGGCUGACCUGAAUAACUGGGGGAACCUGGCUCUGGCCUUCUUUACCCUCUUCAGCUUGGCCACGGUCGAUGGCUGGACAGACCUGCAGCAGCAGCUGGAUGCCCGGAAUUUUAUUCUGAGCCGUUCGUUCACCAUCAUCUUCAUCUUGCUUGCCUCCUUCGUCUUCCUUAGCAUGUUCGUGGGUGUGAUGAUCAUUCACACUGAGGACUCUGUCAAGAAGUUUGAGCGGGAGCUGAUGCUAGAGAGACACAUGACACUCAUGGAAGAGAAGCAUGUGAUUUUGAAGCGGCAACAGGAGGAGGUCAGCAAGCUGAUGCAGACACAGAAGAAUGUUGACCACAAAAGUUUCACUGAGCUGGUGGAGAAGUUUAAGAAGACCCUGCGGCACACUGACCCCAUGGUCUUGGAUGAUUUUGGCACUAGCCUACCCUUCAUUGAUGUCUACUUGUCCACUCUGGACAACCAGGAUGCUACCAUCUACAAGCUUCAGGAGCUGUACUACGAGAUCAUGCACGUGCUGAGCCUGACGCUUGAAGACUUGCCCCAGAAGAAGCCGUCCCAGUCCUUGGAGAAGGUCGAGGAGAAGUAG